AUGUUCGAUCUCGACAAAGGUAUGCCCGUGCAAGAUGACGGCCCAUCAUCCUCUGAAUCUCCAGCUAACGAAACGGCAGAAGCUGGCAUGUACGAGCCCGGUGGUGACGGCGACAAUGUCAUCGACAGCGACAAUGACGUUGAGAUGGGCAAUCAAGACGACCAAGACUGCGAAUCAGACGACGAGGGCCUAUUCCGAGAGGAUCAAGUCUCCCGCAAAACCCUCGUCGCAGUGUACGAUUUGGCAUAUGAGCUAGACGCAGCCAUCACAGCCGCAGCCGACACACCCGCAGCCGACAAUGCACCACCUUCCGCUUCGAUGUUGACAGAAUCUGCUGGCGAGAGGUGUCUGAUGGCUUCGAAAUUGGUGUUGCGCGAGAUUGAUGAAUCUUGGGUGGGCGAGUCUAUGUAA